AUGCGCCUCGAUGGCAUCAUUCGUGACAAAUAUUCUGAAAAACUGAGAGAAGCAUCUGAGGCCUACAGGCAAACUCGAGUUCGCCUAACUGAGCUAUGCAACAGUAUCGCUGACUACCUUCCCAGUCUGGACAAAAGUAUCAAGGCAAGGCUGAAACAAUGGCUUGGCUGUGAGGCCGAGGAAAUCAUACAAGAUGUAAAGGAUCAGCUACAGAAGAAAGAAUGCCCAAUUUUUGUAGCAGGAGAAACAUCCUCAGGAAAGAGCACCUUCCUGAACCUGCUGUUGGGAAGUGAAUUCCUGCCUGUGGCUCUCCUGAGCAGCACCUCCACCAUCUGUGAGGUGAAGUAUGGAAAGACCAAGCGAGCAGUGGUCCAUCUGCGACAGCCCACAGAUCAAGAACAAAGGCAAAUAACCAUCCCACUGGAUGGCACAAAGCGGCGUCAGAAGGAGCUGGAAAGCUACAUACACCUUGAAGGUGCCAGUAGAGACGACCUUCCUCCAGCUGAGCGGGUUGAGAUCUUUCUGCCUAUCGAUCUUCUCAAAGGAGGAAGUGUACUUGUAGACAGCCCAGGGGUAGGGGAGAACGAAGUGAUGGAUAAGAUGGUAGCGGACUAUCUUCCAAAGUGUCUUGCCUUCAUCUACAUCUUGGACAGCUCCAGGGCUGGAGGAGUACAAAAUGACAAGCUGGUACAAAUUUUAAAGCUGUGUGCAGACAACAACACAGAGAAAGAGAAUUUUGACCCCAAAUCAGCCAUCUUCAUCUGCAACAAGUGGGACCUUGUGAGUACAAGAGAACAAGAGGAAGUGAAGAGAGACACCUUCAGGAAGCUGUCACAGAAGUGGCCUGGUCUGAAGGAGUCACAGAUGUUCUUUGCUGGCCAACUUGCAGGCAUUCUAUCAGGGGAGUUCACCAAAGCACUGGAUGGCAUUGACACACUGCUGGCUCAAAUUCUUAACAUGAAGCUGGACACCUUGUGUCAACAAACAUCUGACUUCCGCGACCAACUCGCAUUGUUCUAUCUGACUCACCUAAGGAAGUAUGAGUAUGAGCUAGACAAUAUUCAAGGGUGGACAAACACAAGAAACAGGCUGGGAGGUGGAGCUUUUGGUGAGGUCUUCAAGGUCCAAGUCUUGUAUAAGGGAACAAUGACUCAAGCUGCAUUGAAGAUUGGAGUCUACCCCUAUGACGUGAUCCCACUACCACUGACAAAAGAAAAUGCCAUCCUGAGGAACUUCCUGACAGAGGAAGACAACUUAAGGAAGCUGAAGGAACCUAUGGACACUUCAUCGGAUCAACGGAUCCACAAUCAACACAUUGUGGAGUACUACGGCACUGCCUGCAAAAGGGUGCCACGAGGACUGAAACUGGGGCUGGUCACUGAGCUGUGUGAGGGAACACUGGCGGACAGGAUCAUUGGCCAAAGGGACCAUAACCCAGCAUGGUGGGGCUCUGACCCAGAGAAGCAGGCAGCAGCCUUCAGCUACACCCAGAACCUGGCAGUGCAGCUGUGUGAGGGGCUGAAGAUCAUCCAUGAUGCAGGCUACAUGCACAGGGACCUCAAACUCAUCAACAUUCUUGUAACUCAUGAUGAUGUUGUGAAGCUUGCUGAUGUUGGACAGAGCAAGGCAGAGGUAAAAGUCACAGGCACAAUAACUGGAACACCCCUCUACGUUGCACCUGAAGUGUUAGCGGAACAGAUGUACAACAAGAGUGCAGACAUCUACAGCCUGGGCAUCCUCCUGUGGGAGAUGUGGUACGGGAAAACCCGGUAUCAGCUUGACACUGAGGAUGUUGCUUACGACAAACAGAUGAAGACAGACUUGAAGGAAGGUAAAGACAUCCGAAUGCCGCAGUGGCGAGGUACAGUCCCCCCCAUCCCUGAGUGGACCAGGCUGAUCCAUGACUGUCUCAAGAAAGAUCCAAAGGAACGACCAAACAUACAGGAGUGUCUGAGAAGGAUCUCAGCUAUGAAGGUUUAA